AACGGCGUUUUUAGCCCCUCCCACUCCAGCGCCACUAAGGGCCGGGCCGAGGGCGGGCGGUGCAGGCGAGGCAAGAUGGCGGAGGAGGAGAAGCUGCCCGCGGGCUGGGAGAAGCGCAUGAGCCGCAGCUCCGGCCGGGUUUAUUACUUCAACCACAUCACGAAUGCCAGCCAGUGGGAACGGCCCAGCGGGAGCGGGAAGAACGGGCAAGGGGAGCCCAGCAAAGUGCGGUGUUCCCAUCUCCUGGUGAAACACAACCAGUCCAGGAGACCCUCGUCCUGGAGGCAGGAAAAGAUCACACGGACCAAAGAUGAGGCGCUGGAGCUUAUAAAUGGCUACAUCCAGAAGAUAAAAUCAGGAGAGGAGGAUUUUGAAUCCCUGGCUUCCCAGUUCAGUGACUGCAGCUCGGCAAAAGCAGGAGGCGAUCUCGGUGCAUUUGGAAGAGGUCAGAUGCAGAAACCUUUUGAAGAUGCCUCAUUUGCACUGAGGGCUGGCGAGAUGAGCGGACCGGUUUUCACAGAAUCAGGGAUCCACAUCAUCCUACGCACAGAGUGAAGUGCCUUGGUGCCACGUCGAAAGGAAAGGGCGAGGGGAAGAAAAGGAAACGAAACACAAAACCUACUCCAACCCUACAUUCUCCCAAGUGAACUUCAUAUCCAGUUUAAACACCAAGCUCAUUUCAUAUCUCAGUCUGUUCUGUGGCACCCGACACCGUGUUUGUCACCUGCAGAGAUGCGUAGCCGAGGGUGAGAAUGCAAUCGAAAUUAAGACAGCAACAUCUUUCAUCGGCAGAGAGAAUGUUCAAACCCGACGUUUCUGGCAUGCCACAGCUGCUUGAGUUAUACUGACGCGGCUUCGAAGCCGAGGAAUCGUCGAUGCUAAAGGUCACCCCUCAGCGCUUCCCACAUCCACCCCCGGUAGAGACGCCGAGUAUUUAUUGCAGCGAAGCCGACUGGAGAACUCCGGCGCUACGGUGGAAUGAACUCCCCCCUCCCUCUGCAUGUUUGCUUAACCCCAUGGGACGGCGUUUGCUCUGCAGCCCGCUCUGCUCCGUUUGUAGAACUGAUUUAUCAAAGCCAUCCACAAAUUGACCGUUAAGAUAUCAAAGGGUGAGCCAGCUUAGCGUGAGGCUCGCUCUCCGUCCGUAGCUUCCGUAAUGCAGCUGUCUUCGCAAGGAUCCUCCCUCCGUCCCCUCCCGCAGUGGCACCAGGAGCUUUCUCUGCUCCUGCCAUUGACUUGAAAACUUGAAGAUGCCUUUUGGUUCUGAUUCCGAAACGCGAGAGGCUAAUGGCCAGUAGUUCCCACUGCAGGAAGAGCGGUAGCCAGCCCUGAGCUGCGUAGCGGUACGUAAGAUGCUGUGUGCUUCCCAUCCCAGCCCGAAACCACUCCAUUCUUAAGCCACGGCGGUGCCAUUCCGUAGGGCGGGCUGUGUUGUGGAUUUUCAGUUGUAGCUAGAAGGCUCUUUUUCUUUUGUUCUCAAGCUCCUCUCAAUCCGCUCGUGGUUUAAGCACUGUAAAGUUGUUGUUUUCUGGUUUCACCGCAUUGCUUCUGUUUAGCGAAAUACAAAAACAGGGAAAACCCAAAUCCCAGCUUUGGUCCAGUGCAACCCAGCUGUCGAGUUCUGAUUCUCUUAAGCAGAAAAUAAAGCCCUCUCCAGUUAAACAUUUCAA